AUGGCUCCAAUGCUCAAAGAGACGACCGGCGGAAUGGAACUCCCCAAUUCGGCAUCCAGCCAACCAUAUUGGUCCAAAAGCCCCUCUCCCUCCCUACUACAUCGAUCCCUUCAUGAGAAACCAAUCGUGGCCAUCUCAGCAUCCGGUCUCGAAAUUGCUCUCCAGAACGGCUCUAAGAUCAUCGACGCCUGCGGUGGCGCCGCCGUGGCGGUAAUUGGGCACGGAAACCUAGAGGUCAUCGAAGCGUCCCUGACGCAAAUGAAAGCCGUCUCCUACGUCCACACGCUGACCUACACAACAUCCUCAGCCGAGCAACUCGCCGACCUUCUUGUCGGUCAUAAACCAGGCGGCCUCUGCAAGGCAUUCUUUGUCGGGAGUGGGAGCGAAUCCGUCGAUGGCGCUAUGAAGCUAGCACGGCAGUAUUUCUACGAAAAAGGCGAGCCACAGCGCACGCACUUCAUCGCUAGAAAACAGGGGUAUCAUGGGAACACGUUCGGGAGCAUGUCAAUCUCCAACAACCUGUCGCGGUUGGCACCAUACAGCGACAUCUUGCUCCCUAAUGUCAGCCACGUAAGUCCGUGCUACGAGUAUCAAUUUCGUGGGGAGGAGGAGUCCAAUACCGAGUACGUUGCCAGACUGGCUGCCGAGCUCGACGCCGAGUUUCACCGCGUCGGUCCCGGAAACGUCGUCGCGUUCGUGGCGGAGACUGUUGGCGGUGCCACGAGUGGUUGCAUCACGGCCUUGCCGGGGUAUCAUGCAGCGAUGAAAGCGGUAUGUCGGAGACACGGGGCUAUGUUUAUGCUAGAUGAGGUCAUGUGUGGUAUGGGACGGACGGGCUCCACGUUUGCGUGGGAGCAGGAAAGAGACGAAGAGGGGCAGCCGGUUGUUCCGGAUAUCAUGACGCUCGGAAAGGGGCUUGGGGGUGGUUAUGCGCCUAUUGCAGCUAUCCUCGUGCAUGAGAAUGUGAUUGAUGUCCUAGAUCGCGGAACUGGCUGCUUCAAUCAUGGACAUACAUACCAGGCACACCCUGUCAGCUGUGCUGCGGCUCUCGCCGUUCAAAAGAUUGUCCGCCGGGACAGGCUGGUAGAGAACUGCGCGCGUAUGGGCCACCUUCUCGAAGCAAAGCUGAGAACCCAUCUUGGAAAAGAGGCGUAUGUGGGUGAUAUUCGCGGCCGUGGUCUCUUUUACGCAGUGGAGUUUGUGAAGGAUCGCCAGACCAGAGAGCCACUGGAUCCUAGCCUAAAAUUUGGCCCGGCUGUGCAGAAGCAAGCAUUCGAUAUGGGAGUGGCUGUGUAUCCGGGAGCUGGUACUAUUGAUGGAUUCAAAGGGGAUCAUGUUCUCAUUGCACCACCCUUUACUGUGAAUGAGGGUGACCUCGAGCAGAUUGUGACAAUUUUAGCAAGUGCAUAUCGAAUGAUGGUUAAGAAGUUGGUCAAACUACAUUGA